AUGUCUCCAGAAAGAAACGCGUCUAAUACCACGAUUGUGCGGCAUGAUUCCUGGUCAGAUAUUACAGGAACUGAGGCAGAGCCUGUUGUUGACGCGGAUGACAACACGGAAGCUGAGGCGGAGCACGAAGCACGAGAACGCCAGAUUGACAGAAUCGAGGCUCAGAUACAAGCUGCAGCUCGAGCUGUGGUGGCUAGCAUUGAGAACGAUAAUUACCAUGGUAACGAAGAUUCAGUGCUGAGCGCAGAAACGGAUGAAAGCUACGAGCCUGAAGGCACGGAAAUGACAUAUGAGGGAACGGAUAUAAGUUACGGGUCUGAAGGUGUAUCUCACGAAGGAAGAAACGCCAUUGAUGGGACAGAAGUAACAUAUGCUUCCGAGAGCGAGGAAGAGCACGGUCAAGAGAUGGAUGCCUCCGAGAUGAUAUCGGAUUCUGGAAAUGAGGAGGUCUCCGAGUUGAACCAGGAUAUCAGCAUGUCUGAAGUGCAUUACGGGUCGGACAACGAAGAGCACUCUCAAGUUGAAAAUGGUUCGGAACAUGAUGAUGCUGCGUCUGCAGAGAAACUCAUACAAAGCAUUGAAGACGAUGAUGCAGCCUCGACUCCGGGAAUAGGGCCAGAGCUUAGAUCACCAACUCCAAAAGAGAAUGGACAAAUAACCAAAGAAACCGUGGAGGUUGAAGAAUUAGCGCCAAUUUCAGAGCAUGAUAAUGGUGGUGACUCUAGUUCACAUCACGACGGCGAUAUCGAUGACGAUGUAUUCAGUCACAACUCUAGCCGCAGCGCUCGAAGUAGUUUGAACUCUUACGAGGCACUUCGGAAUGCAGAGGAGAAAGAAGGUGCUCGAGUACUCACCUCGCCAUCUGUAGGAGAAGAAGCAAACACUCGCCGUGAAUCUGAUGCGAUUUCUCGAAUACCAAGCUCAGGCUCCUACAUGCAUCCCAUGCCAGAUGCCGUGCAACAAACACCUAGCAAAGUACUGAGUCGUCCUCCCUUUCGAACGCCGUCUUCAGUACGUGCUAUGCAGAUGUCUUCGCCAACGCCAUCCAUUUACAAUUCCCCUCGAUCAAUUAAAAGACACCUUCCGACGGUGUCCCGCAGCGGUACUCCAACAUCCCAUACCUCCAGAACCAGAACACCUACACGUUUCAAGCCUAAAAAAGAACAACCUCUGGUCCUACUCCACGUUACAGUGUUACCGCUUCAGUGGCUCUAUUCACAUGUCAUGCAAGAGCCUGAGCUCCCGGACGACUUACAUUAUGUUAAAGAGAAUUGGAGGCUUUUGCAGGACAAGCUAGGUGAUACGGUAUUAGAACGUGGAAUUUUACUUCCUCACCCACAAGACUCAUUCGAAAUUCUCGAGGAACGUCUAUUAGAAGCAUUGGAGCUCCCAGUUCGCCCCCGAGCUUUCAUAUUAAAAUGUGGUCACUACAUGGGUCCAAGCGAUUCAGAGGCACCCUCAUCGGAUGAUGAAGGUGGUGAUUUUUGGAAUGAAAACAUUUCCCGACGCAAAUGGUGCGAUAUCUGCCGGAGGGAGGUUAGAUUGGAUAUGAGUGGCGAGCCAGAGGGGAAAAGAUUUAGAGUCAAGAUUUUCGCAAGUAAUGGCUUAAUGCACGCCGGUGCAUGGGCAGCAGCUUGGAAAGAGAUGGAGAGAGUUGACGUAGAAAUUGGCCCAUGGGUAGAGCCCUAUCAGCAUACAGAACUCGAAAGAUUAGCUACCCUGAAGCCCAAAAUGAUAGUCGAAGAUCAUGACGAUGGGUUUGAGGAUGAAGUGCCUCAAGAAAGCCAUCAGCCAACCUGUGAAGAGGGAGAAUCCGCACAUCACAGCGAACAGCUCUCUCACGAAAUAGAUGCAGACACGAACGCACACAUCGAUACACCAGGGGAAAUCCUUGAAUCUCUGGAAGAGAAGCCUACGGAAGAGAUUCCUACCGAACCAGAGAAGAGUGUGGCAGACUAUGAAAAUGAGAUGAGAGAACUGCUCUUGGAGGAAGAGCAAAUGAGAGAGCUCCACGAGCGUCAGAAUGCUGUACCUCAACGUUCUCCUUCGCCAGCUAGGAAACGCUCACGGGCCAGUAUCAAUGAGGAUUCUCUAUCGGAGCUCCUUCUAGCUGCAUUCAAGGUAGCAAUGAGGGAUCGAAAAAAUAUCAUGAUCAUCGUACUCAGCAUCUUGGUCUUCGUGCUAGCUUUACGACCUGGAAGUACUCCUUCGGCCACUGUCCCGACCUCAAGUUCAUCGGCACCUGGAGCGGGAUUCUCAGACGACGUUACAUCUGGUGUUCACGCAGACGCUGUCGUCGAGGUGGCAAACGUUAUUUCGGAGACAUUACCUGUUGCCUCUUCGAUUGUUGGAACGACGAUGCCAUCUCCUAUGAAACAGCAAAAGCCACUCCGAACUUCUAAGCAAAUAAGAAAAACAUCAGCUAAAUCCAAAGCCAAGCCACGUGGAUCAGUGAUAGAGAAGGUGCAGACGGCCGAAAGCAGCGGUCCGGAAAUGAAAGCAGAUCCUGUUUCAACAGAGACUACCGGAAUGGGCGAUGAUUCGCUACACAACAAUUCUAAGGCACCAGAUGAGAACCCAAAACAUACCCGGAGCCCGGCUGACGAGGUUGCGGAGAGCGGCAAUGAUGAGUCAGAUUCUGAACCCGAGCCCACCGAAGACCACAUCGCCGACCCCCCACAAGCGGCUGUUCCCAAGAUGGAAUCAGAACCGAAAACAGUGGUCGAAGGCAAAUUCGAAGGAGAUAACGAGGAAAUGGACGUGGAGAUAGAGGAAGAGGAUGCCGAGAAUCCUACGGAAGCUGUGGAGAUCGAGAAUAACCUCCACCCUACAGCAAGCGAUACAUCGGGGACUGUGACGUCUUUGGAAGACUUAGGUCUACCUGAUACUAACGAAGAGGAUCUCGAUGAAGAGGGUGAAGGCGAGGACGAAGAGAUUGUUGAUACAGCGUGA